AUGGGAUCCUGGCACUAUGAGAGGGAAGUAGAAGAGGAUGGUCGAGAGGAGGGAAGGAUGGAGUGGGAGAGCAAUGAAAGAGAUAUUGAUACAGGGAGCCAUUUGGAGAUAUCUUUAGGGGUUGAAAAGAACUGGAAUAAUUGUCAAGUACUGGGAGAGCUAGCCAUCACAUUUGUUAUCAGGUCUCUGUGGAACGGGAAAGUUCAGGGCUUGUCUAAAGUCCUGUCCACAGAGUGCUCUGUAAACCAUGACUCAUUUUGUAUUCCCAACUUCCCCUGUGUUCCUUGCUUUACUAUAUCCUUGUUCAAUCUCUUCUUCAGAUUUGCCAGUGCAAUGGAAUGCAUCUUCAAGCUGAGUGGCCUCCUUUGCGGCCUAUCAGCUUUGGUAUUUGAGAUAGUCAUUGCAAGCAGCCAAUGCUGGCGCCUGUGGGAAUUCAACAACACGGUUGUGCAAUUUGUGUCCUUUGGACUGUGGGAAGUUUACUACCCUCAAGAGUUUAAUGUCUCAGCUGUAAUCAAGAUGCUGGUGCAUACUCCUAUCAAUUCCACCUGGACAAUUUCACCUGAAUUCCAGUAUGCACAGACCAUGAUAGUGUGGGCCAUUCUGAUGAAGCUUAUAGUUCUGAUUUUUGGUGCAGUCGCCAUUAAGAUCAGCUGCAUGGAAGACCCAUUCGUGGAGAUGGAGAUAUAUUGCUACAAGGUCUCUGCCUUAGUUUUGUGCAUUAGCAGCCUCUUCACAUUGGUUUCUGUGAGCUGGAACCACUUCGCAGAUCAUUAUGGACAAACCACUCUUGACUUUCCGCCUAACUUUCCUGUUAGAAAAGAAGCAUUGAUAAACAAACAGUUUACUGCUGUCUUUCCAACAGCAGUACUGACAACCACCAUGUCACUCUUUGGUGUGAUCUUCCUUUUCUCUGAGAUAAGCUCUUUGAAACUACAGAGUCAGGUGAAGUUCCAGCAUGCAUACAUAGUGGGCGAACAAGAGGUCUAA